AAUUUGUUGUCGAUUAACUUGUUGUCGAUUAACUUGUUGGCAAAGCUGGUUUGGUAAAGGUUUCAUUAAUUUUCUUAAGUACCUGUGUGCUCUGCGGCUAGCAGCUUGGCUAACGGUCUGCUUUGUUAGUUGAAGUUUAUGUGAAGCUGUCAGUUCACAGUUAAGCGCCUCUAACAUCGGGUUUUAAAUGUUUAAAAGACUGGCGACCUGUCCAGGGUGACCCCGCCUCUCGCCCGGAACGUAGCUGGAGAUAGGCACCAGGAACCCUCUCGACCCCUCUACGGGACAAGGAUGAACAGAAAAUGGAUGGAUGAUACUAAUCUUAACAAUUAAAACCCUGACACUCAGGGGAAGACAUUGUAAUUGAACAGGAUAUCCAUCCAUCCACUCAUCCAUCCAUUCAUCCAUUUUCUAACACCAUUAUCCUUUGUGGGAUUGUGAGGGGUGCUCCAGCAGGUUAGCAGUCCAGAGUUGUGACUAUGGGGAUUUCAGUUUCCUGCAUGUCUAAGGAAACAAUCCUCAUUAAUACAAAGGACAACUUGUCUUCUCUUGUGGAAGAUGGAACGACAGAGAAAGGCAAAAUGCCUGACGUCUCCCAGUUUCCUUAUGUGGAAUUCACAGGAAGAGACGGCGUGACGUGUCCAACAUGCCAGGGUACUGGGAGGAUCCCCAGAGACAAGGAGAAUCAACUUGUUGCAUUGAUUCCAUACAGUGACCAAAGACUGCGGCCUAGGAGGACGAAGUUGUAUGUAAGCGCAUCAGUGGUGCUCUGCCUGCUGCUGUCCAGCCUGGCUGUUUUCUUCCUCUUCCCUCGCUCCAUUGAUGUAUCUAGUGUGGGAGUCAAGUCUGUUUAUGUCAGCUAUGACCUGGAUCGGCACAUUGUCUAUCUCAACAUCACGAACACUCUCAACAUCACCAACAAUAACUAUUAUUCAGUGGAGGUGGCCAACAUCACAGCACAGGUGCAGUUUGCCAGGACGGUGAUUGGUAACUCUCGCAUCAGUAACGUCAUCACUAUACGUCCUCUGGACAUGAAACAGAUUGAUUAUAUUGUCCCCACAGUCAUUGGAGAUGAGUUAAGCUACAUGUAUGAAUUCUGCACCCUGGAAACCAUCAAGGUACACAACAUUGUUGUCAUGACUCACGUGACCAUCACAGCAACAUAUUUUGGCCACUCUGAGCAGAUUUCUGAAGAGAUGUAUCAGUACGUGGACUGUGGGGGGAACACCACCACCAUCAGAGGAAUAACCCGACCGAUUGGCAACCCUGCUGAGUAAUGCCUCUCACUCAGGCUAGCGCCAUCAUGGUUCAGGUUUUGAUUUUGUAAAUGUUCAAAACUUGCUGUAUUCAAUCACAAAAGUGUAAAAUUAAUGACAAAUAAAUAUUUGUAAGUGAAGAGAAAGUUGAAUUGUAAUAUGAAAACCUGUCUCUAGCUUAUAUAAAUGAACAGCUAUGAACAAUUACUAAAAUCAACCUUACUAAUAAUAAUUGAUUUCUUAUAAGUAAUGCUUUUUAAAUAGAAAGAUAGAGGACAUCACCCAGUUCCACUGGCUCCCUGAAGCUCAGAGGAUAGACUUUAAAAUACUGUUGUUGGUUAUAAAUCUCCGAACUGCUUCACACCAAAAUCUAUUAAAAUGUGCUCUACAAAUAAUCAAUCAAGUUUGUCUGUACAGCACAUUUCAGCAACAAGACAGUGCAAAGUGCUUUACAUCAUAAAAACACCAUAUAAUCAACAAUUGAGAAAACCAGUAACAAAUGUGGCAUUUUGAUGAGUGCAAUGCAAAAAUAAAUGGCUUUAAUAAGUUAUCCUUGAGUCUGCUGUAGAUCUCAUCUCCAGGUUCAGCUUUCAAUAUUGGUCCACUGAUAAGCACAUUUGCUUUCAGUUUUUCAAUUAUAAUUAUAAUAUACUACUGUAGUCAUGUUUCUGAAUUUCUGAUUUCUGUUUGGCUAGAUCGUUAGCUCCAAAGUCUAUAAUUAGGCUCUGAGUAUUUGGAUGGUCAUUGGUUGAGUGUGGGAGUAUUUGCUUCUGUUAUCAGUCACUGUGUCAUGUAGAAAGGAGACUUCCUUUGUUCUCUUUGCACUGCAGAAACGGUAGAUUCCAUUUAUAGCCCCAAAACCUACUGUUAGAACUUAUAGUUACUGGAAUACAUUGCCCAUGAUGCUUAAACCCACAGCUAUGGAGUCUUACAAACAACAAAGCAAAAAAAUACAAUACAGCAUUUGUUUAUUCAGGAUGAUAAUGCUGCUAAAUUUGUUUUAAUGGUUUCAGCAUAAAUAAGUUUCAAGAUUUUAAAUCAUUUAAAUUGAAGAUUUUAAGGAGCUGGAAAGUUUACUUUGUAAAAGUUCAUUGAGCAGUCUUCAUUGUUUAUGUUGCCAUAGCUACAAUCUGAUGCUGUGAGUUUAAUCUGGGAGUUUGUUCUGUUUGUUCACAAAUACACGUUUAAUAAAUUACAAUUAUAACCAAUUGUUUUUAAGCUCGGCCCAUUAAGCUACCGUCUUCUCCUAGAAUUUAAUAAAUUUAUGUUGAAAUGGUGUUCGUGGUGCAGAUGUUCUUAGCAGAAAGAGGGGUCCCUGUAUGAUGAGCUAAAUCCACUGAACUGGAUACAGAAGAACUAACGGAGAUUUAAUUUGUCUGGUAGAGACCAAGCUUUUCCAUUUCAUAUCUAUUGAGUUUUUAAUAAGCAUCAGCAUCUGUGAGAUGUAAAUGGACACAUAAUUCUUUGUUCACAAAGACGCAUCAUUCUCAUGGGAGGCUCACCGCGCACCUCUGAAAGUGUUUGUCUAAACAAGACUUUAUGAAAUCAUUCACUGUUAGAGAGCUCACAGACAUGAACAUCCAGCUUAAAAAGUUAAUUUAUAGUUUUAAAAUAUUUGACCCUGUCUGACCUGCUGUUAAAUUAUGGGAUGUCCUGUGAAUUUAAAUUGUUUUUUGUUGUUGUUUUUAUGACGUGAACAUAACUCAUCACUAUUCCCUUUGGUGUUUUAAGCUAUUUUAAGGAAGUAUGUUUUGAAUUCCUUCCUUUUUGCAUGAUUAUGAUGUAAUUUUAUUAUUUAUUUUAUAUUUUCAAAAUACUAAAACAGUGAUUGAUUGUUUUAAUCACUGUUAAUUGAUUAAAACAAUUAACAGUGUUAAUGGAGCAAAGCAGCAUGUAAGGAGAUUAAAAGUGACACAGAUUUGCAGUUUAAUGUCUUGUUCGAUAUUUGUUUAAAAACAGUUCUCUAAAUUCUUUAUUAAACACUAUUUUGGGUAAAUAAUAGAGCAAUUAUUUAAGUCAAGCAAAAACAACAUUUCUUUAAAUAAACCUCUUAACCUGUUGGUUUUGACUAGUCCAGAUCUUAUUUACACUUUGUGUUUACAUUUUGGUUUAAAGUAUUUAAUAAAGUUAUGAAACUUG